CCACCUCCCCAUUUCCCUUACCUGUUGCAAGUCGUGCCUUUUUAUGUUGUAAGAUGGUGGCAAAGGCCACACUCAAAUCAAGAAGAAUGAGAAUGUAGGAGCCUAGCAGUCGAGACAUGUUCUGGUAGACUGAGCAGAAUGGGAGGACUUUACCUUGCCACCAAGACAGAGGGAUCCUGCCAGAGAAGCGGGUACGGCAUAGCAUAGAUAGAGCCUGACGGGACCAGAUCCGGGUGAGAUUGAGGAUUGGCCCAGUCCCUCGUCAAGGAACAACGGAGAUCACGCUGUCCCAGAGCUGAACAUUCCUGAGACUGAUUUGGCCGGACCUGUGUUGGUGAGGUUUGCGGCAGGCGAUAGGUGCAGCCUGGGACCAGGUUCGUGCCAAUUGGAGGAAUCCAGAGGGAGAGCUGCCACGAGCUGUGACACCGCUCGAGCCAGGGAGCUGGGUGUUGGUUCGCGACCUGAGGAGGAAAAGAUGGAACACGCCAAGAUGGAGGGGACCCCACCAGGUCUUGAUGGUGACCCCUCACGCAGUAAAAGUGGAGGGAAUCGACGCCUGGAUCCAUCAAGUCCACUGCAGACGCGUGCCCAACCCUGGUGGUUCUUUCGAGACUGGCCCCUGAAAGGGCCACAAUUGUGUUGCCUUGCCCUGAUAGCCAUUUUUAUUGUCACAGUUACAUUUGGGAUUGAUGCCAUAUUGUGGUGGAGAACUGCUUAUUCCGGUUGUGUCACCCGCUGUACUCCAACAGAGCCCAACCCAAGACAAUUUUUGAACCGAGGGAAAAGGGAGGUGAUGAAUACCAAUGCCGAUGCUAAUGCUGUGGAGCUUUUGGCCCGAGCUGUGACUGCUGAGCUGAAUGUUUCAGACUGCUGGGUUUGCCAUUAUAUGCCCCACACUUCUGCGGCAUGGCCCUUCUACGGGAUUCCGUACACCUAUCAUGACAUGGCGGUCUUGAACCACACCUGCUCCGGCCCUGUGUCUGUUGUGGCUGGGCUGCUGACUCGCGAGCUAGGGUCAUCGUCCUCAACUCCACCACCACCUAUAUGUCGCAUUUCUGGUAUUGUUGUUAAGUCGCGGGCAGUGGAGGCGGCCUUUGUGGCCACGCAUGACCGGUUACAACAGGAGUAUGCUGAGAACAAUCCAAUCCUCUAUCUGACUCAGGCAGACCAGUCUAAUCACUGGGGCUUCACUACAGUCCAUUUGCUUGUAGGCAUGAAUAAAACAGGAGAGGGCUGGGUUUGCUCAGCCCAGGUGAUUAUCACAUGGGCUGUUGGUAAGGCAUGGGAGGCGGGGGACCCCGAGCACUACGGUGCACGGGUGCAAGAACUGACUGUAACUGCUCUGCAAUGCCGCCAAAGCCCUGAUAACUGUUCUUAUUCUGCAGUGUCCUGUCCAUCGGACUCGACCGUGAUGGUGAAGGGAGUGACACUGCCUGAGGAUGGCUUGGCUGUCAUCCCGGUAAAUGGGACUGUGUGUUUCCAUUUGUCUAAUUCAACCCAGACUCGAACCCCUUCCUCCCCACCUCUUCACUGUAAGGCUUAUGUUAACUUCUCUGUCCUUGGUGAUGUCCUGCUUGUGGCACCGCCACGUUCUGCGUUUAUUUGUGGUCGCAAAGAUUUUCUUAAGGGUUACACUGUUUUGUCUCUUUCGAAAACGAAGGCUGAUUGGUAUUGUUAUCUAGCUUAUCUUGUUCCUCCUAUUCGUGUAGUGCCCAAGGCGCAGAUGUCGUUAGCUGUGCGUGCAUAUACACGCAGCAGACGGUCUCUUAGUCGGACUGAACAAUGGUUUGGGGUAUUUAUUCCAUCCCUUGGGGUGGCAGACCUUCAGACAGAGGUGACUGCCCUGCAGACUGCAGUUGAAAAGGUGGCCAAUCAAACGCUUGACACCGUGAAGGCCGUCUCGGGUGAAUUGUCGGCGGUUAGGCAGGUAGCUCUGCAAAACCGCAUGGCAUUGGAUCUCCUGUUGGCUGAGAAAGGUGGAGUUUGUGCUAUUGUGGGAAGAGAAUGUUGCACGUACAUCCCUGAUUCCACUCAGGCUGUGCAGGAUCUAGAGGACGUCGUGCACAAGCAGAUGUCUGAGGUACACAAAGAGCAUGGCCUGUUUGAGUACAGCUGGGACUACUGGUUCUCCUCACUGAUCCCGGGUUUAUCAGGGGUGUUCAGACCCUUAGUUUUUAGUGUAGUGUUACUGCUAGUAGUGUUGCUGCUAAUCUUUUUGCUGUUUAGGUGUUGUUCUAGUAUUCUGUCUUCCCAGGCAAAUUCUGUUAUGCUCCUAUGGGCUCCCCCUCUUCCCUAUGCGGAUGAUCCUCUUCUUCCCGCCUGGCUCUACGACCCUCAGCCCCGGGUUGUCGUCCAUGCGACCGGCAACGCCGACACCGUUGGUGACUCCUGUUCCAUCCAGCCGCCACCGGCCCGCUUCGACCCGCUGCGCAAUGGUCCGGCGUUUUACUACACUGCGGACUCUGAUUGUUUGUGAACUAUGCGGAUUUCGCAUGUUCAAAAGGGGGGAAUGUGGAAUUAAAAUUGGACAUCGGUAGGCCCGGGAGGUUGGCAUAUUGGGACUGUGUGUGUCUUUAGGCCUUAGGCAAGAAGAGAUUGUUUUGAAUACUGUGUGACCUCGCUUCGAGAUAGCUGCCUGCAGUAAGUUCCGCAGACCCUGAGGAAAGCUCGGGCCUUGGAGAGGCAGACAGCGGAACAAAGGGGGGGGAGAAACCACCUGCAGGGAGAGAUUCGAAGCUGCCCCAACUGGUGCACAGCGAGUUAUAGCUUUAUAGAAUAGUUGUGGCAAACAAUAUAUAGCAAGCUAUGUGGUAGUGCAAAUGUAUAAGUAAUUGUUAAUCAUACAAAUCAUAUGUUAACCAUGUAUUGGCAGUGAUUCAAUGACAAUACGUCAAUACGUUAAUCAUUAAUCAAAGGACAACUGAGUAUUUACAGUGAUUCAAUGUCAUGUAAUCAAUAUCUAUAUUCAUAUCUCCAGUAGGAGCCUAGCAGUCGAGACAUGUUCUGGUAGACUGAGCAGAAUGGGUGGACUUUACCUUGCCACCAAGGUGAACCAAUAGAAUUCGAGAAUUGUGUUUAUUAUACGUUUAAGCUUGGUUCAUUGGUGUGUUGUGACCAAUCAGGAUUUAGACACCCUUACUGUGAAGUGGGAGUUAUGGUAUAUCAACUGGUUGCUCGGAGAGCUAAAAAAAGAUCUUGGUACCGAAUGCCAGAGUGUGAUGAGAGCGCUUUGCUGAGUUGCUGAAAUAAAAGAGAUUUUCCUUUACCUCAUCAAA